UCUCAUUAGCCUUUUGGUUCUCUGUCUCUGUCUCUGUCUCUCUCUCCCCUCUCUAUUAGUUAGAGAUAUUCAACCACACACAGCCGCUUCUUCUUUUCCUUCCUCAUCACUCUCCUCUUCUCUGUCCUUAUAUAUACUCACCUUUCACACAAGGUAUAGAGAGACUCCGUAUAUUUCAGUCUUAGACUCAAGGGAAAAGAUAUAAUAAAUAAACACACCAUUAACACAAUAAUGGAGGUCUCUUAUCUGCCUGCUGGAUUUCUCCUUAUUUUGUCUCUAUUUGCUGUUCUUGUUUCUGGGUCUCGAAGAACUUUACCUAUUAUAUCAUUUGAUGAAGGGUACACCCAGCUUUUCGGGGAUGAUAAUCUGGUGGUUCAUAAAGAUGGCAAGAAAGUCCAUUUAUCACUAGAUGAAAGGACAGGGUCUGGGUUCGUUUCUCAGGACUUAUACUUUCAUGGCUACUUCAGUGCUUCUAUCAAGUUGCCGGCAGAUUAUACUGCUGGAGUUGUGGUUGCUUUUUAUAUGUCGAAUGGUGAUAUAUUCCAGAGUAACCAUGAUGAGAUUGACUUUGAGUUCUUGGGUAACAUAAGAGGCAAAGAUUGGAGGAUACAGACAAAUAUUUAUGGUAAUGGUAGCACCAGCAUUGGCAGAGAAGAAAGAUAUAGCCUCUGGUUUGAUCCCUCUGAUGAUUUCCAUCAGUACAGCAUUCUCUGGACCGAUUCCCAGAUCACAUUUUAUGUGGACAAUGUUCCCAUUAGGGAGGUGAAAAGAACAGUAUCUAUGGGUGGUGAUUUUCCUUCCAAGCCAAUGUCUCUGUAUGCAACAAUAUGGGAUGGGUCUGAUUGGGCUACCAAUGGAGGCAAAUAUAGAGUAAACUACAAAUAUGCACCUUAUGUCACCAAAUUCAGUGACUUUGUGCUACAUGGAUGUGCUGUUGAUCCGAUUGAACAGCACAUAUCAAAAUGUGAUAUUGCAGAGAGUUCUCAAGCAAUCCCCACUGGUGUCACCCCAUUGCAAAGAAUUAAAAUGGACAGUUUUAGGACAAAGUAUAUGACAUAUUCCUAUUGCUAUGAUCAAGCUCGAUACAAGGUUCCUCCAUCUGAGUGCGUUAUUAAUUCCCAAGAAGCUGAACGACUCAAAUCAUUCGAUCCUGUUACAUUUGGAGGAGGCCGGCGCCAUCAUGGGAAACGCCAUCGCCGGAGCAGAUCAAGGCAUCCUGAGGACAUUUCCAUUUAAGGAAGUUGCAUCAUCACUGCAUAAUGUUGGGGAUCAUUGUUAUUUUGUUAAAAAUUAUGCUUUGAUCUAGCUGGGGAUCAGUUAUUUUUUGUGAAUAGAGAGAAAAAGCUUAGAUUUUUACUGAGGGUCGUAGGGAGAGUCAUUAUAUGGUUGAUGAUGGGGUGGGUGGGAAGCGGGGUUGGUAUGUAUGUGUAUAGUUCCAUAAUUUUAGUUUUCCAGUUGUUUCUUUUAUCAUUGAUAAUGUCUCUUGGCUUUACGAAUUGAAUUUGGUGAUGAUUUUCUGUACUUUUGAGGCACCCUCGUGUUUUCAAUGAAUAAAUGUUAGCAUAUAACGUGUAGUUUUUAGUAUA